GUGGACUUGCUGCAUCUGGGUAACUUUUUGCAUAUCUGGAUAACUUCUUACAGCAAAGAACAUAAUGCCCUCAAACUUUCUGACACCUUUUGUGGAGCUGGAUGAUGAGUUUUCCAAGAAUUUUCACUGUCUGGAUGUGACAAGUGGCACAAUAUAUGCUAAUCAUAAACAGCGCACAGUGGGAUUUCAACGCAGUCACUCUGUAUGUCCUGGCACACUCUUUAACGAGAUAAACAGCAGCAGCACUGAAAUGGUCAACAAGACUGUCUGCUGGCCAAUCCAGUAUAGAAGCCAGGAUUGGAACCAGAACCAGCAGCAGAAAUUGCCCAGAUCCUCGAUUAGUCAUAUUCCUUUUCGCGUCGACCGUUCAGUCAGCAUGAUUGAGGGAAGCCAUGUUAGAAUUGGUGUCGGAGAACGUGAACAGGUCGUGAUACCGAGCCUUACACCACCUGAUUUUAACACAAGCACAAAUUCUUUAUCAUCUCCAAAAUCUUCCAGCCCCACAUCCCCUUUGUCCACUCGAUAUAAGACUGAGCUCUGUCGCACUUACGAGGAAAGCGGCACUUGUAAAUAUGACGCCAAAUGUCAGUUUGCUCACGGUAUAGAGGAGCUACGAGGACUAAACAGGCACCCAAAGUACAAAACCGAACCCUGUCGUACAUUCCACACAAUCGGCUUUUGUCCUUAUGGUGCACGUUGCCAUUUCAUUCAUAAUGCAGACGAGCAACUACAACUGAGAGAGCGGCUCCCAAUAUUACUCAAUGGUUUCCAGUCUGUCCAACAGCAUGUGACAUCCUCAAAGGCUUCCCUGUUAUCUUUCCUCUCUUCACCUGGAACGCCCGAACUCCUGUCCCCUGCCUUCUCGGAAUAUCUGGAACUAGGGGCGAUAAAGAACAACUACCCGUUCUCCACUGAGCUUGGCAGCGAUCAACUUGGCAACCCUUGCUUUAACGCAAUAACGGAUUUGACAGGUCACACGAACAAUACACUGAAGACCAGUGGCCAGAAUCACAGUUUCAAUUCAUUCCUACUCUCAGAGCGGCCUGUAUUACAGAGAACUAUAUCUGCCGAUUCAUUAUCUGAUCCGGACGGCUAUGCCAGUUCUGGCAGUCUGAGUGGCAGUGAAUCUCCCAGCCUUGAAGGAAAGCGUCUCCCAAUUUUCAGUCGUCUGUCAGUUCUUUAAAAUAUAUGUGCAUAUUGCAUUUAUGAAGCUACUUUGGUAUUAAUGAAUAAACAGUCGAGUUUAUCAAACUGUAUCUAUUAUUGUAUACUGUUGUAUACCAGUUUAGAUGUGGUGGGUAGCUUUAGGAAAGGAAUAGAAUUCUGUUUAGGAAUUUUUUUGUACCCGUUUAUAGGAAAAGAUGAGCUGAAUAAAUAGAAGGAUAUGUUUCGGUAGAGAGGCCUUAUCAAGAGUGACUAAAACUACAUAACUGGACAUAUUUGUCAAUUGCAAUAUAAAAAUGAUUCAUCAUGCAUAACCAUGAUUUUGAAUCAAAUUUGUGAAAGAAUGCUUUAAAUCUAAUAGUGUAUGCUCUAAAUCAUAUUUGUAUUUUAAAAUGUUGUAAGAUACUCUAACCACAGGGCUUUAAUUUUAUGGAUUUUCUUUUCUUUUUUAUUUAUUCUUGUUUUAUUAUACAUAUUGUGAUGAAUUCAAUGAAAAAAUGCUUUGCGUAGCUUAAUCGCUUUUUUGCUAGUAAAAUAUUUACUUCCAAUUUCGUGUUUGAUCCACAUGAAAAUGUUUGUCAUUAAGAUUUUAUCUUACAAGACUAAUUUUUACAGUUUUGGAAUUGCAACGUUUCAAGAGUCUUAGUGGACUAGUCAUUGUAGUCACAGUAAAUGAUUUUGUUGGUCAUUUGAUAUCCUCAGAUGAUUCAAAGAAGAGCAUUUUUAGUAGAAAUACUAUGUAUUUUAAUUAGAUGAUUGAACUAAGUUUGCCUUCAUGUGUUUAUAUUAUGUUUUUUUCAUGCUUGUUUCAAAUAUUUAGGUAAAUGUUUCAUAUUGGUGGAAAAAAAGUGUUGCAUUUGCCUUUUGACUUUGGCAUAUACAGUUGUAAAUUAUAAACCUAUUUAUUUCGUUAUUAAGUAAAGCUAUAUUUUGCAGGUCGGCUAUAAAUAAUUUAACAUAUUUUUACACAGCAGUGCAUUAAAUCU